UUUUUUCUGCCUCCCCUCAGUCUCAAAAGUUUUAUAUGAUGCUGUCUGUCUGUUUGCGUUGAAUGAAGAUGGCGACCAGUUCAGAGCGUAGUCCCCCUCCCUUUCCCGAGGACCUGGAACCGGAGCCUGACGAAGUUGGAGACCAAGACAGUGAUGACGGAGAAGACAUUUUUCUUGGCACAGAUAACCCAUUGGAGAUAAAGAUGGACCCUUCGCUGUCUGCAAGUGACAUCGCAAGUUCAACCAAACCACUGAGUGAAGCAUCUAGUCCUCCAGUGAUGGACCUCCUUAGUGAACCAGCAAGCCAGGCAUCUAGUGCGCCAAUGGUGGACCUCCUUAUGGAACCAGCAAGCGAGGGAUCUAGUGCUCCAAUGGUGGACAUCCUUAGUGAACCAGCAAGCGAGGCAUCUAGUGCGCCAAUGGUGGACCUCCUUAUGGAACCAGCAAGCGAGGGAUCUAGUGCUCCAAUGGUGGACCUCCUUAUGGAACCAGCAAGCGAGGCAUCUAGUGCUCCAAUGGUGGACCUCCUUAUGGAACCAGCAAGCGAGGCAUCUAGUGCUCCAAUGAUGAAUCUCCUUAUGGAACCAGCAAGUGACGACUUAAAGGAGCCUCCCAAACCUGACAUUGACCCAUUGGCUGACAUUAUCAACGACACUCCACUCAGUGAAGUCAAAACAACAGUUGCUGCAAUGCCCCAGGAGCCACCGAGCGACCUCUUUGACGAUGAGCCUAGCGAACUUUUCGCUGAACCACAACAAAGUAACACCGCCAAGCAACAACAAACUAGCAUCUUUGACGAACCUGAUGAGGACCUCUUCAGCGAACCGCUGGGUGAGGCCUCGAAGAAACCCCAGAAUGAUUUCUUCAAAGGAGCACUUGCACCAGUGGCCAAAGCUAGCAAUGUCUGCGGUCCUCUGAGUGACAACUACAAUGAGCACCCCACUGAUAUAUUCACUGAGGAGGCUGUCACUACUCUCCCUAGUGCAGUCAGUACUGUUUCCGUCAACUCCAAGACCAACGGAGUCCACUCUGAUGAGGAGGAACCUGAUAUAUUUGCAGAAGCCACCGUAGAGCUGUCUCUGGACAGCCCUAGGAAUGACAGAAAAAAGAAAGAGGCAGCCAAGCCCUCUGCGUCUGCCCCUGCUCCCUCAGUCUCAGCAAGUGCUUCCAAACCGCAACCCAAGACCCUGGAGGAGGUACAGUACAUUACAUUGGAAGAGGAGGUUGAGGAUAAAUUUGAGCUGAAUAUCUCAAUAACCAAUCCAGAGAAAGUUGGGGAUGGCAUGAACGCUUACAUGGCCUACAAAGUCUCCACACAGACCACGCUGCCCAUGUUCCGCAGUAAGAUGUUCACAGUGCGCCGGCGUUUCAGUGACUUCUUAGGCCUUUACGAGAAGCUCUCAGAUAAACACACACUGAACGGCUACAUUGUGCCCCCGCCGCCUGAGAAGAGCAUUAUGGGCAUGACUAAAGUCAAAGUGGGAAAAGAGGACAACUCGUCGGCUGAGUUUGUGGAGAGGAGGAGGGCGGCUCUGGAGAGGUAUCUGCAGAGAGUGGUGUUCCACCCAUCACUGCUACAAGACCCUGACGUCAGAGAAUUCUUGGAGAGGGACGAUAUGCCCAGGGCUCACAACACCCAGGCUCUGAGCGGCGCCGGCUUCCUGAAGAUGAUCAACAGGGCUACAGACUCCCUCAGCAAGAUGACCAUCAAAAUGAAUGAGUCGGACGUGUGGUUCGAGGAGAAACUGCAGGAAGUGGAGGCUGAGGACCAGCAGCUGAGGAAGCUCCACAUCAUGGUGGACUCUCUGGUUGGACACAGGAAAGAGUUGUCGGUAAACACGGGUGGCUUUGCCAAGAGCGUGGCGAUGCUAGGCAGCUCAGAGGACAACACGGCCCUGUCCAGAGCCCUCUCCCAGCUGGCCGAGGUGGAGGACAAGAUGGAGCAGCUGCAUCAAGAGCAGGCAGCCAGCGACUCGUUCUGCUUCGCCGAGCUGCUCGCCGACUACAUCCGCCUGCUGGGAUCUGUCCGGGCCUCCUUUGACCAGCGGAUGAAGACGUGGCAGCGCUGGCAGGAUGCUCAGAACAUGCUGCAGAAAAAGAGGGAGACAGAGGCCAAGCUGCUGUGGGCCAACAAACCUGACAAGCUGCAGCAGGCCAAGGAUGACAUCACUGAGUGGGAGGCUAAGGUGACUCAGUAUGAGAGAGACUUUGACAGAGUGUCAGCUACAGUUCGCAAGGAGGUGCUCAGGUUUGAGAAAGAGAAGGCCCGCGAUUUCAAGAAACAGAUCAUCAAAUACCUGGAGUCUCUGCUACAGUCGCAGCAACAGCUGAUAAAGUACUGGGAGGCAUUCUUGCCAGAGGCAAAAGCAAUUGCGUGAUGGAGUCCGCCAGCCAAUGGAAAGAAAGAAGAAGAGGAGGCGGCCUUUUUUUAUACACUUUACCUCUCGCCUAUAAACCAAGAAAAUAACCAGAGAGUGCGCUGCAAAGGGAAAUUUGAUUCGUUUUUUAAAAUCAUCCUAAACCUAUAGCGCUUCAUUCUAACUGUUGUAUUAAUAAUUGUAUAUUUUCAUUUAACCUUCCACAUAUAUUUUCUAAAUGGUGAAAACAAACUUUAGCUCUUUUGUGAUGGUAUGGAUGUGGGUGAGGGCUGGGUGUCCAACUUGCGUAUGCAAUGUUAAUGAUUCCAUUAGUUCCCACUUCAGAACAGGAGAAAUCAUUGUUCUCAGUGCAACAUCCUUAUAUUAACAAUAGGAGAUUUUUUACACAUUAGCAUUGUUAAUAAUUCACAACAGAGUGCCCAUCACACACAUGACACACGAGGCAGCGUUUCUGGGACUUUCAAGGGGAUCUAGUUUAAUUAAAUACCCAAUUCCAAAUCAAACACCAGCACCCUACUCUCCCCAUGCACUUCUUAAGAAUCAAGAUAAAGGAUUGGGUAUAAGUAAGCAAUAAUAACACAGAACAUCCACCUAGUCUUCCAAAAGGCUUGGCGUUGUUGCUAUUGUGGCUGGGGGUCCAUUUUGAAUUGAGUCAAAGACACAUGUGGAUCCACAUUCAGCCUGUAUAAUUUGGGAGGAUCUUGAGAUGUUUAAAUUUCUACAUUUUGAGUCAAACUUUUUUUUGUUAUUAUUAUACAUGAUCGGUUCAAUCACUGUGGACAUGACAUCAACCCUCCAAAAUAAAAGUCAAGAAAAUAAGAACCAAGGUUGAUAAGUGUGAAAAAUAAUGUAAAAAGUUUAAACCACGUCAGUAACUGUUAAAAGUACUGCUGGUCCACAUGGAAAGCACGUUAAUUUCAAUGGAAGCUGUCUUUAUAUAACAGUUAUUGCAGAUUGUCAUUAAUUUGGAUGAAUGGCAUCGGAUUUGGGGGAAAUGAAACUGUUUCAGGGAAAUACUCUUACAUCAAAAGGGCAAUCGAAUCUUCUCAACAUGCAUUGUAGUUUUCACUUUGCAUGAGGAACCGCAUCCAUUAAAAUGAUCACUUACCUGUA